AUGGAAAACUACGAGCGUACACUUGUGGUAAUUGAACCGGACGCCAUGCGGCAUCGAGACGCAAUUAUCCGCCGAAUUGAAGAUGCCGGUUUCACAAUCAUCCAGUCACGUGUUGUGCAGUUGAGCCCGGAGCAAGCGGCUGAGUUCUAUCGGCGCAUGAAGGAUGAUCCCAAUUACUACGUAAUGAGUGCCAUUUUGAGUGAGGGACCUAUUCUUGCCAUGUGUGUAUCAAAGCCGUAUCGGGCCGUGACUGAUAUGUUGUGGCUUAUUGGUCCCGCCGAGGAUGCCACUCGGAAUGCACCGGGGUCACUGCGUGCAUUAUUUGGCGAUGAUCGCGAUGUGCUGCGGAAGGUUAUUCACGCCAGUGCAGAUACCGAGCAAGCUCGAUUCGAAAUUCGAUUCUUCUUUCCGUCGUUGACCUUAGAGCCAAUAUUCUGCGAGCAGAGUCUAGAUAACUAUCUAAGGGCCAUGGUGAAUCCGGUCCUGAUGGAGGGCUUGUAUCUGAUGGCGAUUGAGCGUCCCCAGGAGGACCUGCUAGUGUGGCUUGCGCACUGGUUGAAGACGAACAAUCCAUACAAAGCAAAAGUAGAUUCUGUGCCGCCUGAAUUGGUGGACCAUCAGGCUUUGCAGAGCGUCGAAGCUUGCGAAGGCGAACCCCUGGGAAGCCACAUGGGGGCGCAAUCAAUGUGUGAAUGUGUCGAAUUCGCCAAAAAUGGGUUGUGUUUGUGUUCGCUAUCAGAAAUACAAUUAGAGUGA